AUGGCGGCAGCCAGGGAGCCAGAGUCGUCCCCGGGGUCCCCCCCGGCCGCCUGCCGCUUUUUCCUGGAGGGCCGCUGCCGCUUCGGCUCGCGCUGCCGCCAGCCGCACCCCGGGGCCCCCGCGGCCAAGGGGCCCAGCGCGAAGCCGGCCGAGGCCGGGGCCAAGAAGCCGCCGCUGCGCACGGCCGCCGCCGUCAUCCAGCGCAUCCGCUGGGACCCGCGCCUGGACCCCGCCGACUUCUCGGUGGGCUACACGGACCGCUUCCUGGGCGUGCGCGAGGAGCCCUUCGUCGCCUUCUGCUGGGACGCGCCGCUGGCUGCGCUCGGGCCCGGCGUCCUGGCCAUCCCGCAGCACCGCGUGCGCUACUUCCGCUUCCGCGGCCGAGUCGUCUGGGACCGCGAGUCGCGCACCGACCGCGUCUUCGGCUCCGGCCAGGCCUCCGGCCGCGGGCCCACCAUCCUGGAGGCGCUGGACGGGGACGAGCCUGGCGGAGAUGUGCACGACGGGAACGAGCUCCCCAAGGACGCGCGUGAUGGGGACGAACAUGGCGGGGCCGCGCACGACGGGGACGAACUUUCCAAGGACGCGCACGAUGGGGCCGAGCCUAGCGGGGACGAACUUUCCAAGGACGCACGCGACGUGGAUGAGCCUCCCAGAGACGCGCAGGACCGGGACGAGCUCAGGGGCGCGCACAAGGAUGAGUUUGCGAAGGACCCGCUCGACAGAGACGCGCCCGAUGUGGACGCUGUCGCCCCGGGGAAGGGAAUCGCUGACCCUCCGGCCGGAACCCCGGCACCGGGGAGGCGGAGCGCAGAGGAACCCGUGGCCACCCGAGCUCCGGCAGAGGCAGAGGCGGGCGGCGCCGGGUGCCAGGCCUUUGGGUGGAGGCUCCCAGGAAGGGAACCGACACUAACUGAUGCGGCCAGGGCCUCAGCGCCCCAGAGCACCCCGGAGAGUGAGGUGGCGUGGGGCUCCGGGGCCUGGCGUUCCAAGUUUGAGGACCAGCGGACCAGGCCUGUGGGCCCCCGCCAGCCACGCCCCACUCACUUCGUGGCCCUCAUGGUGACAGCCCCCCGGCUGCUGGCCGAGGUGGCCCGGGCGCAGGCGUACUUGGUGGCCCAGGCCCCGUCCUGUGCCCCCUUCCUGGUGCCCUCCAAGGCCCUGCACCUGACGCUGGUCCUGCUGCGCCUGGCGGGCCCCGGGGAGGAGGCUGCAGCCGCCCGCGCACUCACUCAGGCGCUUUCCCACCCAGGGCUGCGUGCACCCCGCAAGCUCACCUUCAGGGACCUUGAACUCAUCAGCCACCACAUCCUCUGUGCCCCGCCUUCCCCAACACUGGAGCCUAUGGCCCAGGUGCUAGGCCACAGACUGGAGGCCGAGGGGCUGAGGGUGCUCCAACCCCAGGAGGGGUUGCACCCCCACCUCACCUUAGCCAAAGUGCCCCACGGCUCCCCGCUGUGCCUCCCAGAGCCAGCCUUCAGCAUGAGCUCAGAGGCGGGAGACCAAGCAGUGGACAGACUGUGGCUGUGCCGCAUGAAGAGGGUGGGGGACACCUACCAGGCCCUGGCUGAGGUCCCGCUGAGGUCACAGACCAACCCGGGGGCCCCAGACUGGCCGGCAGCCCCUCCUGAACCCCAAGCCCCCAACGAGAGCAGUACAAGCAGCAAGCUCACUCUCUCUCCUUUUUAA